CAAACUUGACUGCAAAUACAUUUCAACACUUUUAAUUCCUUCUCUCAGUCAAAACAAACUUUAUUCUUUACAUCAUUUCCCUUUUUAAGCUUCAACCCAUCCCUGCGACCAGAUUUCACUUCAGAUCACUGAAACAAAGAAACCGGAGUCACAUAUCACAGCACAGAGAUGGGCAGUGAUCAGAUAGACAACCCAGUUGAACCGCUGGCCAUGAAUGGUGGAGAUGGACAGUACAGCUACUCCCAAAAUUCCACCCUCCAGAAAAAGGGAAUAGAAUGUGUUAAAGAUUUGAUCACUGAAGGGAUUGUGGAAAAUCUUGAGACAGAGAGAUUUCUUUCACCAAGUUGUCAGAAAAAAUUUAGCAUCGCUGACUUGGGAUGUGCUAUGGGGCCUAACACUUUCAUUGCAGUACAACAUAUCAUAGAUUCCGUGAAGCUGAAAUUUCAAUCUGACGGGAUCGAUUCAGACUCGACUGAGUUUCAUGUCUUCUUCAACGAUCAUGUUGUCAAUGAUUUCAACACCCUUUUCACUUCUACGCCUUCAGAUAAAGAAUACUAUGCAGCUGGCGUGCCUGGUUCUUUCCACAAUCGUUUGUUUCCGAAGGCCAGUCUUGACUUUUUUCACUCGUCUUACUCGCUUCAGUGGCUCUCGAAGCUGCCAAAAGAGCUUGUGGAUAAACAAUCUCCGGCAUGGAAUAAAGGGAAAGUUUAUUAUCCGAGUUCCGCCAAGGAAGUGGUGGAAGCCUACGGAAAACAAUUCGGAAAGGACAUGGAGUCGUUUUUGAAUGCCAGGGCCCUUGAAAUUGUUUCUGGAGGUCUUAUGGCUCUUCUAAUCCCAAGUGCUCAGGAUCCUCAUCGCAAGUGUGUUAUAACUUCAGUUUUUGAUCUCUUGGGAUCUGCUCUCAUGGAUUUGGCCGGCCAGGGAUUAGUUGAUGAAGAUAAAGUGGACAACUUCAACCUGUCAAUCUACAUCCCAUCCCCAGAUGAAAUAGCCUCUUUGAUUGAGAAAAAUGGCGAUUUCAUCAUCAAGAAGAUGGAUCCAUUAUUGGCUCACCAGGAGAUUGAUCCUGGCACCAUGGUCAUGCAUUUGAGAGCCGGCAUGGAGAGCAACAUCCGGGAAAAUUUUGGAGCAGAGAUCGUUGACCAAGUUUUUGAUAAAUUCAAGGAGAAAAUUGAGGAGUCUGCUGUUCUCAUUGAUCCAACCUACAAGCGAACAUAUGGAUUAUUUGUUCUUCUUAAGCGUAAACAUUAUUAGAAAUUUGAAAGAGUGAUCGGAGUUUAAUUAGACAGACAGAAGUUCAGGAGCAAUUACUCAAGAUUUCGUAUUUGAGUUGUAAUUGUUUGAUUAAGUUAUACCAAUAAACACUUGAAUUAAUGUGUAAUGGCGCAGCCAAAAAUAUUGUACUU